AUGCCUCGUCUACCUUCACCUUCGCUAAGAGUCUAUCGACAAUUGCGGCGAAAUGGAACUCUAAAUGUCACCCAAUCGCGUAACAUUAGCACUUUUACCCGACAGAAUCGUCUACCCGCAUCAUAUUAUAGGGGAGGGUCCUCAAGGGCCGUUUUCUUUAACAGUCAACAUCUACCACCAAUCAACGAGAGAGAUGACAUUUUUCGUGGUGUCAUAGGCAGUCCUGACCCAUAUGGACGACAACUCGACGGUAUGGGCGGAGGUAUCUCCAGCCUGUCAAAAGUCUGUAUCGUCGGGCCUCCAACGCAUCCAGAUGCUGACGUUGACUACACCUUUGUAUCGAUAGGCAUCAAGAAUAAAAAGGUUGACUAUUCAAGCAACUGUGGCAACAUGUCGGCUGCGGUGGGACCUUAUGCAGUUGAUUCUGGACUUGUAUCCGCUCCCGAGGGCUCUGAGGAGCACUAUGUUGUCCGAAUUCAUAACACAAAUACAGGUAAAAUCAUCAACGCUUCGUUCCCAAUAGUGGAUGGGGAGGCUGUCGCUUCUGGUGACUUUACCAUUGACGGGGUGGCUAAUACAGCUGCACCGGUUCGACUCGACUUCGUCAAGCCAGCUGGAUCUCGCACUGGAAGGCUUCUUCCUUCCGGAAAUGUGGUGGAUACAAUUGAUGGUUAUCGUGCAACAUGUAUCGACGUUGGCAACCCAUGUGUAUUUGUUUACGCGUCGGAGCUCGAUGUCGACGGAGAGCUAUCAUCAGAUGAUAUCGAGGCGAACACAUUACUCAAGGAUAAACUCGAGUCCGUCCGUCGCCAAGCUGCUAUCAAGAUGGGCCUUGCUCCAGAUCUCGACAACGUGCCUGGAAGCGUUCCAAAGAUCUCCUUUGUGUCGCCAAGGAAGAAGCCGAUGAAUAGCGAGAUUAACGUUCGUGCCAUGUCAGUGGGCCAAGCUCAUAAAGCGAUCCCAGUGACCGUGGCCUUGGCCACAGCUGCAGCCGCGAAUCUACCAGGAAGCAUAGUUGCAAAUUGUCUGACGAGUGGCGAAAAGGAAGAGGGUCUAGAGAUCUGUCAUGCUAGUGGUAAACUGCGAGUAGGUGCCACAUUUGAUGACGCUGGAGAGUUGACCAAGGCAACUGUGUUUCGUACAGCUCGGCGUCUAAUGGAAGGUACGAUCUACUGGAAAUAG